AUGUUGGAACAAGGUGAUAUGAUGUCGCCGAAUGAUAGGGAGCUUUUGAAGGAGCUGAAAACUGGACAAACUUUUUGUCUUAAGGUUAGCACUAUUCAAGGAGUUUUGUACAAACAAGGCCUUUCUCGUCAUAAGCAGUGA